GCUUUCCCCCUCUCUUGUACUUCAGUGAGUUCCAGCGAAGAUGUCGGAGUAUAUCCGGGUGACGGAGGACGAGAACGAUGAGCCCAUCGAGAUCCCGUCGGAGGACGACGGCACCGUGCUGCUGUCCACCGUGACCGCCCAGUUCCCCGGGGCCUGCGGGCUGCGCUACAGGAACCCGGUGUCGCAGUGCAUGAGGGGGGUCCGGCUGGUGGAAGGCAUCCUGCAUGCGCCAGAGUCCGGAUGGGGAAACCUGGUCUAUGUUGUUAAUUAUCCCAAAGAUAAUAAGAGAAAAAUGGAUGAAACAGAUGCAUCAUCAGCUGUGAAAGUGAAACGAGCAGUACAGAAGACUUCAGAUUUAAUAGUGUUGGGUCUUCCCUGGAAAACCACUGAACAAGACUUAAAGGAAUAUUUCAGUACAUUUGGAGAAGUUCUGAUGGUGCAGGUUAAGAAGGAUAUUAAAACUGGCCACUCAAAAGGUUUUGGUUUUGUUCGGUUUACGGAUUAUGAAACCCAGGUGAAAGUAAUGGCUCAGCGGCACAUGAUAGACGGAAGAUGGUGUGACUGUAAACUUCCCAAUUCUAAGCAAAGUCCUGAUGAACCUUUGCGUAGCAGAAAAGUGUUUGUUGGGCGCUGCACUGAGGACAUGACGGAAGAUGAACUCCGACAGUUCUUUGCCCAGUAUGGAGAAGUGGUAGAUGUCUUCAUUCCUAAACCCUUCCGAGCUUUUGCUUUUGUUACAUUUGCAGAUGAUCAGGUUGCCCAGUCUCUUUGUGGAGAGGACUUGAUCAUUAAAGGAAUCAGCGUACAUAUAUCCAAUGCUGAACCUAAGCACAAUAGCAAUAGACAGUCAGAGAGAGGUGGAAGAUUUGGUGGUAAUCCAGGAGGCUUUGGGAAUCAGGGGGGGUUUGGCAACAGCAGAGGAGGCGGGGGAGGCCUGGGGAACAACCAGGGAAGUAACAUGGGCGGAGGCAUGAACUUCGGAGCCUUUAGCAUCAACCCUGCCAUGAUGGCGGCAGCGCAGGCAGCCCUGCAGAGCAGCUGGGGGAUGAUGGGCAUGCUGGCUAGUCAGCAGAACCAGUCAGGGCCGUCGGGAAACAACCAGCCUCAAGGCAACAUGCAGCGGGAGCAGAACCAGGGCUUUAGUUCAGGAAAUAACUCCUACGGCGGGUCCAACUCGGGGGCAGCAAUAGGCUGGGGCUCGGCCUCAAACCCGGGCUCCAGCAGUGGGUUUAACGGAGGCUUUGGUUCAAGCAUGGAUUCCAAAUCGUCAGGCUGGGGAAUGUAGACGCAGUGGGCUCUGAUACUGACUCUAUGGUGGGAAAUCAGAUUUUUCUAACCCAUGGUAAGUAUACUGUAAAUUACAUAUAUACUAACAUUUUCCAAAACAGUUUGUUCAGUGCGCAGUAUAUUCAGCAAUAUUUUUGACAUUUUUUCUUUUUAAAAAAACCACCAAAAUUAAAAAAAAAAAGAAAAGAAAGGUAAAAGGAAUUUUGUAAUUUUUGUUACAUAUCUUGUUGGAAUACUGAAUGUCUGGAAGUGGACUGCUGUUUGCCUGAUAGCUAACCUAACACUACAGUCGACAGGAAAGGUUUCUCCUGUAAUACUUCAUCUCUUGUUUCCUGGCUACCUGAAUUCUUUGCAUGUUCAAAAUGGAAACCAUUGGUCAGAAACAGCAUUCUCCCCCUCUUGUUUUUAAUUUGAUCCCACCAUAAGAAUCUCCAAGUGCCCCAGUUGGAGAACACAGUGUCGUUUUUGUUUCAUUGUGGUGUUUUUUUUUUAACACUGUCUCCCCUCCAUAUUAAAGUACAAUAUGAAGGCUUCAUUUAAUCUCCGCAGUUCAUCUCAUUUCAAAUGUGUAUGGAAGAAGCACUUAAUUGAAAGCAGUGCUGUAAAUAUUCUGCCUUAGGAAUACUUCUGUCUACAUGCUUUCUCAUCCAAGAAUACUUCAUCACACCGCACAUGCUGCGUCUUGAGACGGUGGGUGUUCCAUUUUUAUCCGCUACUCUUUAUUUCAUGGAGUCGUAUCAACGCUAUGAACGCAAGGCUGUGAGAUGGAACCAGAAGGCUGUCUGAACUUUUGAAACCUUGUGUGGGAUUGAUGGUGGUGCCGAGGCAUGAGAGGGCUGGUAUGUGCGAGAUAAAGGCGAGAGCGCAUGCAGAGACCUGGUGGUGCAUUAUGGGAUUUUAUUUUACUUGGCGAGAUGUCUCUCAAUCCUGUGGCUUUGGUGAGAGAGUGUGCGGAGAGCAAUGAUAGCAAAUAAAGUACGAGUGUUUAUUGCAUUCAAAGGACAUCCAGAUGUGGAAGACUUUAAGUGGGUUUUAUACCUAGUUAAUCAAUUAGUUGAAUGUGUUAUGUGAAAUGAAUAUUUGUAUUUUUUUUCCCUUAUGUCAACUGCUGUGAAUGCUGUAUGGUGUGUGUUGUUUUUUUUCUGUUAAUGAUCUGUAAGUGUGGUAACGUGAACUGACGAUGCUGGGGUUCGUGACGAGAACAUUGAGCUUGUGGUGUGCUUUGCAGCAGCUCUUGGAGCAGAGAUCACUAGCGAGCUCAGUGUGCCUCUUCAGGGUGGAAGCUCCACUGUCUGUAAGAUAUCCAUAAGAAUGCUGUUUGCUGCAGUUUCGUGUUUGGAUGCUUUUUAUAAGAUUUGUCACUGUAGGAAAUUCUUAAAUAAAACUGAUUUAAGUAA